GUCGCGAGUGGACGUGUUUUUCGCCGGCUCCGGCAAACCGGUUCCAUGUGCUCGCUCGUGGUUUUUCCUUCGUGUGUUUAUUAUAUUUACUGCUGCUGGACGUUUGUCGGAGUGUCGCCGUGGGAAAUUUAUUUUUAAUUGAGUGCUUCUUUUGGGGGUUCAGUGAGUGUGAAAGAGAGAGAGGAAACCACCUGGCAUCGGCCGAUGAUGGAUUAUUAAUUGUGUGAGUGUGACUUAAGUCGGUGGAGACGCAUGGUGAGGAAUUUUCCCGGUUUUUGAUGGAAAACGAAUUUGCAGAAUUAAAAAUAGCAACUUUUGUGGGCCAACUCCGAGGAACAUCGAAUAGAAGCACAGAAAUUUGAUACUUUUUGAGUACAUUGAGAAAAUCAGGCUGCGGCAGUGGACGACGCAGCAGCAUUGGUUGAUUGUGGCAAAUCGCACGUUUCGGAGCAGGAGUGUUCUAAUUUGGCACGUCUGAUGACUACAGAUGAUGUUGCAAUAUAAGGGAGAAGGAAAAUAAUCGUGCGAAAAAUUUUAAGAGUGAAGUGUGGGAUCGAUUCCGUUAAGGAUGGAGGAAAUAAGUGAAAUUAAAAAAUUUAUAAAUCAUAAAAAGUUGCGAUAACUGAUUAUGCAAAAAAUAAAUAAAUAAAUAAUAUGAAGAACAGUGUAGAAAAAAUAGUAAUUAAUUCAAACAAAACAACCUUAUUUCACUAAGAAUCUUGAAAUCUGAAGGAGCUUUGUGUGAUCCGAUCAAUGCAAUGGUGGUGUCCUCCGCAGCAAAAUCAUAAAGCAUUCCCCCGAUCGCGCAAGAUCUUCUCCAAACCGAUAAACUUCCAAGUUGUCCACCGGGUGGGGACCCACGGCCAAAGGAAGAUCUCAACCAGAUAACGCGAGACGAGGCAGAAGAAAAAAAAAACAUCAGAAAAUUAAUUCAUGCAGAUCUCACCCCGGCUGAGUAACCGGAACGUUUCAAAUUUCAUCGAGUUUGAAAGCGAAUCAACGAGACUGCUUUUCUCUCUCUGGUUUUUUCGCGCCCGAUUAACUCGCGUGGGACUCUGCCCUCGUCCGGAAAAACAGUGUGAACAAGUGACGUCACCGUUUCGAGCGCGUGUGAGUGUGUGAAAAACAGAUCAAGUUACCCCGGCGGAGAUAACUGACUUGUCGAAUUGGAACCACGUGGAUGGAUCUAGUCAUGGCCACGUCAGCGAAGAGCACAUCGCCCCACCGGAUUAAGGUCAAGAAGGAGAUUUGCAGCGAGCCGGACAACAUUAAGGACUUUGCCGAAACGGCCAUGAACGACAUCCUUGGCUGGUACGGCUACGGUGACAGCGUGGAUCGUAUCGAUAUCGCUUCGUCUUCAUCAACAGCAGCUGCUGCGCCGGCCGCGGACAGCACCCACCAUCCCCGUCACAAGGAGUCCAAUAGCAGUGGCAGUAGUACAAUCACGCUGAAAUCCAAGCACAAUAACAAGCCUCAACAGCACAAGCCGUCCAGGCAAUUCAAUAUGUUGCAACAUCAGCAGCAGCAGCAUAAUUCCGGCGAUAGUGAUAGCAUUGCAGCCGUGGCAGCAUCAGGUGUAGUUUCACCACCGGUGGCAACGGUUCCGUCCAAGGCUGCUGGUGUCCUAGUUUCACCGGGAAGCAACAGCAGUAGUAAUAUUAAUAAUAGCAGUAGUACAGCCACGGCGGAGACUCGCAACGGAGUCAACUUACACGAGCAGCAACGGGAGCGGGAACAUGGCCAAGGGGCAGGGGAAAGUUCCACCUCGGAAAAGGACAGCUCCCGGGAAAGCUCCAAGAGUCCGAUGCUGGUGAAGAUGCUCGAAAAGCAGGAACCCAUCUGCGGCUGGUGCCGCCGGGGCGUCCCACCCAACCAGACCGGCUGCAUCGCCGGCACCACCGAGGGCACCAUCUUCUGUUCGGAGUCGUGUUUCUCGCAGAGCCGGCGGGCCUCGUUCAAGCGGGCCAAAACGUGCGACUGGUGCCGGCACGUGCGCCACGCCGUCAGCUACGUCGACUUCCAGGACGGGGUGACGCAGCUGCAGUUCUGCUCGGAUAAGUGUCUCAACCAGUACAAGAUGCAGAUUUUUUGCAACGAAACGCAAGCCCAUCUGGACAUGAACCCGCACCUGAAGGAGAAGAGUACGUCGGCGGGAAGUCUCAUCACACCCGAUCUCUGGCUUAAGAACUGCAAAAGUCGAUCGGCUUCACCGCUUUCGGAUCGUUCCGAGUCCGUUUCGCCAGCUCCGUCCUUACCGAUGCGACCUUCGCCGGAACCAUCACCAGUAAUGCAGUCACCUCCUGCCAAGAAGCCGAUGAUAUCGGUAGCCCAUCCUUCGAAGCUCCUAUCGAAGAACCUUCAACCGAGCGCAGCUGUCAACGCCAGGACCGUGAUCAAAUCUACCCGUAAGCGGCGUCCAGGUCUACGACCUCUUCAACAAAACACGCUACACAAUCGAAAAACCGCCAAGGUGGACUAUGGUCAGCUUACAUCAAACAACAACAACAACGCGAGUGUUCUGAACAACAACUUGCCCGCCAGCAGCAUGCCAAAGCCUGCCACCGUAACAAGUGCAAACAUCCAAGAUCUCCGCGCCGGAAUUUCUCUCCAAAACCUCACCCACUCUCUAACUCCAACCAAGUUCGAAUCCCGGGAAUCCCCAACGACUCCACGACCACCUCCUCUCAACAUUCCGCCACAAUUUCUCCAGCUUCCACCGAAUCCCGCCAUGCGACCGCCAUUCUUCCCGCUAAACCCCGCCUUCCGGUUCGGUUCCCCGCCAAACCCGCAAGCCAUGCCUCCUCCACCCCCGCCCAACAUGGACCCAAACAACCCCCAGAACCGGCACCAACCCCCGCUCCUGGGCUUCCCAGCUCCCCCUGUAACCAUCCUCGUCCCCUACCCAAUCGUCAUCCCACUCCCCCUGCCAAUCCCCAUCCCCAUCCCCCUCAUCGACUUCCUCAAAGCCACCGCCCCCAAAGAGGAAGCCAAGCCGGAACCCACCACCAGUGAAUCGCCCGUUUCAACGACGGAACAACCCGCCCGCAUCGAGGACGACUCCGUCAGCGAUCCGGAGCACGAAGAGCGCGACUCCCCGCUCGAUUUCACCGUGCCGCAAAAUCGACCACCCCAGCAAAGCUACUCGCUGGAACCGGUACACGAACCUGCGACGGAACCGGAAGUGGACCGCAGUCCGGAGCAGCGGUUGCCAAAGUUUAGGAUUACUAGGCUGAGUGGGGGCAGCAGCGGUUGCGGCAAAAGGGUUGAGAUGGAAAGUGAGGAAGAGCCGCCGAAGGAGGAGGACGAGGAAGACCGGGUGGAGCGGAGUCGGCCGUUGCGGAAGCGGAAGCGACUAGUGGGGCAUCAGGAGGAGACGACGGCGGCGGCUGCGCCGCCUAGUGAGGGUGGGCGAGGGGUUGAGGAGGAGGGGACGAAAGGUUAGGUUAGAAUUUUGUUGGGAAGCUGUGGAUCAUGGAUUGCUGAAAACGCGGUGUCAAAAUGACAUUUUAGAUUGUAUUUUGCCUUCCUCACUGAGGUAAGGCUAUAA